UGAAAGAUUUCAGAGCUACUGAUUUGAUUGGCUUUCUUCCAUUAUGAAGAUUUCGGUCCUUCUUUUUGUUUUAUUUUUCUUUCUGAUCUCACUGCCACCAGGGAAUUGUGCCAUGAAAGACACCUAUAGUUGCUUCAUCAAGAAAGGCAAAUGUAGACGCGCGUGCCAUGAUCUAGAAACGCCUGUUAGUUUCUGCACGAAACUAAAUGCCAACUGUUGCAUGGAGAAGUCUGAAGUAAAACUCAGCAUCCCUGAAAAACAAAAUGCAGGGAAUAUCAGGAAGGGUAACAAAUGAGCCUGAAUUACUAACCACUCCUACAUAGUUCAUAUUGCUUUCUUGGUCACAUGGCAUCAUUUGAAGAACUAGGUUCUCUUCAAAGGGCCUGACGAUAUUGGGAGAUGGCCA